AUGAUGGAGGUCGUGGCGCGAAUGUAUGUGUUUAAAGCAGACUUUUUCGUUACCGAACGAGUAUGGAAUAUCUUCGACAUUAUCAUCCUGCUUCUGGCGCUUGCCGAGAUUGUUUUGGAGCUCGUUGUGCAUACUUUUUCAGACACGGAUCGUAGUCUCUUCGACAAUGGUGGGCUGGCGAAGAUGCUGCGUCUCUUUCGCCUCACUCGGCUCCUUCGCCUCAUCCGGACAAUUCGCCAACUCAAACCCCUGCGGAUGCUCGUACACUCCAUCAUCUUCGCUGGUAAAUCAGUCUUUUGGGCACUGCUGCUGCUAUUCGCGAUCGUUUAUGCCUUCGGAGUCAUCUUGACACAGGCCGUGACAGAACAUACUGAAGGUGGUACGGUAAUAGAUGACGAGGAUCUAAUCGUGUAUUACGGGGACUUGUACAGGUCGAUGCUGAGUCUGUGGAUGGCAGUGUCUGGGGGGAUUAACUGGAAAGAUCUCACCGCGCCGCUGUUGGGAACCGGAAGCAUCAUGUGGAUGCUGCUCUUCUUGGUCUACAUUACCUUCAUGCACGGUGGCGGAUAUUUUUUUGUUCUCAACGUGGUUAGCCAGGGGGCAGGAGUUCCAAGAGGAAGGGAAGGUAGAGUGCGAGAGUCGGGCGAGGAUGGUGAGGGCCCAGGGCGAGAAGGAGGAAGAAGAAAAUACGGCGGAGGUGGAACCCGGGCUCUUCCCCAGGUGACAGGCGUAUUCUGCCAGAAUGCGAUCGAGGGGGCCCAACAAGAUUUGGAUCACACAAUUGAGGUUCAGCUCAGGGAGAAACAGGUAUACAUUGACCGCCUGUACAUGCUGUUCAAGGAGAUGAGCGAAGAUGCCAGUGAAGAUUAUGGGCUGUCCGCAGCUGAACUUCACAUGCAGCUGGCCAAGCCAAAGGUGCAGUCUUGGUUCAAGGCUUUGGAUGUUGACGCAAAGCAGACGUGGAAACUCUUCAAGAUUCUCGAUCCAGAGGAUUCAGGCUGUGUCUCCCUCGAAGACUUCGUGGAAGGUUGCAUGGAGUUGAGGGGAUCUGCUACGCGCGUCGACGUGGAGUCGCUGAAGUGGGAGAUCAGAGCUGCGAACGCUCGCGCCGAGCACAACGACCUCACGAUCCACCUGCUGCUCGCGGUGGUAUGCGCCUUUUGGGCACUCCGCCGCGUGCUCAACGCGUGGUGGCGGAUCCACAGGGCCACACUGGCCAGGCAGGAAGCGCCGCUGUUCGAUGGCGGGCCUCAGACGGACAGGCGCCAGCGCUUCCGCCCAGAGGCCUGCCCUGUGCUGGGUCCGCAGUGGCCUCGGGAGGCCUUCCCCCUGGCGGCCGGUGCGGGCAUCCCGUCGCUGGGCCUGGGCGUGCGGGGGCCCUCCCCUGGCGGGGUCAGCCUCGGGGGGGCCCGCCCCCUGGCGCCCGCUGCGGGCUACCCCGCCCGCACCGGCCUCGGGGGACCUGCCCUGGUGGCCAAGGCUGGCCUGCCGCAGUUGGUGGGCUCCAGCUGGGGGAGCUGCACGCUGAAGCAUUUUGGUGUAGCAGAGGGUCUCCUUGCCCAGGAGAGUUUCUCCAUCGAGAUCUCCAAGAGCUAUGGCAUGGCCGACUGGCACGAGGACAUCAAGCGCCUGCUGAUCCGCGUCGGCGGCCAGGGCAAGGAGGUGUGCUUCCUGCUGCCCGACACGCAGAUCGCCAACGAGAACUUCCUGGAGGAAACCUCGGGCCUGUUGAACAACGGCGAGGUCCCCAACCUGUUCAACGCGGAGGACAAGGCGCAGAUCCUCGAGAUGUGCACCAACAACGCCGCCUCCGCGGGCCGCCUCGGCACCGCGGAGGUGUUUGCGUUCUUCACGGAGCAGUGCAUGAAGAACCUGCACGUGGUGAUCGCCCUCUCGCCGAUCGGUGAAGCCUUCCGCCGGCGCGUCCGCAUGUUCCCGUCCCUGGUCAACUGCACGACGACGAAUUGGUUCCACGAGUGGCCAAAUCAGGCGCUGCAGAGCGUUGCGAACUAUUUCUUGGGAGCGCUGGAGAUGCCCGACGAUGUCAAGAAAGGCUGCGUCGACGUCUGCGUGGCAAUGCAGAAGUCGGUCUUCGAGCUGUCGGAGAAGUUCGUCAAGGAGGUCCACCGCCACUACUACGUGACGCCGACCUCGUACCUGGAACUCAUUAACUCGUUCAAGGGCCUGCUCGAGUUCAAGCGCGAGGAAGUUUCCACGGCGAAGUCCAGGUACGACGUCGGCCUCGACAAGAUCAUGAGCACGGAGAGCCAGGUCGCCGGCAUGCAGGCGGAGCUGGAGGAGCUGCAGCCCGUGCUGAAGAAGACCGCCGUGGAGACGGACCAGCUCAUGAAGGUCAUCGAGGGCGAGAAGAAGCAGGC